CUUUGAGCUGAUUUUGGGGAACGUGGUGCUGGGGUUGUGGGGUGGCUGCUGUUGGGUGGCCCUUCCCUGCUUCUUUCUAGCCUCUGCUGCUCCCUCUUGUUCCUGGCAGUUGUGGCUCGAGGCUCUGAUUGAGGCGUCUUGCAGGUAGCUACUUGGUGACUGGUUUAGUAUUAAAAUACUCUGUGGAGUUGGCUUUGAGGUGGUUGGUUACGCUACUGCAGAAGCAGGCAGGUAACCAAAGAGUUCUUGAGUACUGAAGAACUGAAGCAGCACAAUUUGCCUAGGAUUUAUGCUUCCUUGUUGGUGAGGAAGUGCAGCUGGAAAGUACUUUCUUACCAAGACACUAGCGGCCUGAUUUUGUUGUUAAAGUGUAUUGAGCACCUGGGGACUAGUAGAAAGAAGCAGGUGAGAAAUUCUUUCUUUGUGAACUGUUCUGCUCCAUCUUCAGGAGGAUUUCUUAACCACACUAGAAGCAGUCCAGGGAGAAGCUGGAGGAGGUCUGACCCUGUCAUCAUUUGUGCACAACUGGAAAAUCCUGCUCCACUUCCUGAAAGAAAACCCCAGUCAUCAGGGCUGAAAAUCUGCUGUUUCGGACAGCGUGUCUUCCUAAUUAAGUAUCCUGUAACUUCUCUGUCGUGUGCCUUCCUGUUCCAGGGAUGUGCCCUGUUUCCUGAUGCCCUGGGAAUAGGCUGCCUCAGCUUGAAGUGUGGAAAAACGAAUAAAAUGGAUUUGCUAACUUCUAGUCUGCAGAAUAAAUAUCCUCAGUGGAUGCUUACGCAAAACCAAGGGGGAGCUGGGGGUGAUAAAAAGAAGUCUGUUGUUCAGAGGAGCGUUUUGGAAGACGGACUGCCAUUCUUAGAGUUCUGCGGCUUUAUUGUUUACAGCUACGAAGCCAGUGACUGUUCCCUUCUCUCAGAAGAUAUCAGCAUGGAUGAUUCCAUGAACUUCAGUGACUUCACAGGGAAGUAUGAGCUGCAGAGUUUGUCAGAUGGGGCUGCUGUUGGAUUUGAUAUCGAAUGGCCACCAUCAUACGCCAAAGGAAAAAUGGCAAAAAUAGCUGUAAUCCAGAUAUGUGUAACUGAGGAGAAGUGUUAUUUGUUCCAUGUUUCUUCAAUGUCAGGUUUUCCCAAGGGACUCAAAAGACUGCUCGAAGAUGAAACAAUUAAAAAAGUUGGCGUAGGAAUUGAGGGAGAUCAAUGGAAGCUGAUGAGUGACUUUGAAAUCAAACUGAAGAGCUUUGUGGAGCUGGCUGACGUUGCUAAUGAGAAACUGAAGUGUAAGGAGGUAUGGAGUCUAAAUGGUCUGGUAAAACACCUUUUUGGCAAGCAGCUUUUGAAGGAUAAGUCUGUUCGCUGUAGUAACUGGGAAGAGUUUCCACUCAGUGAGGAGCAAAAAUUGUAUGCAGCCACAGAUGCCUAUGCUGGCUUCAUCAUAUAUCAAAAACUGAAAAAUAUGAGUAACAGCGACCAGAAAUUAUUUGGUGUAAAACUAGAUAGCAUGUUGUCAGAGGGUGUGAAGGAACGCUUGACUUCACUAGCUGAAGAGAUAACGGACCUGGCUUCUCACAUCCCUGACUCUUCUGGACAACUGGAAAAUUUGCAGAGGGCUGCAGAAAUCCUAGCUGACAUAUCGGCAAAUGUAAAGGCAUUAAGAAGCACACUGUUUGGUUCAGGCUUUCCUUCUGUACUGGAGAAGAGCUGUGGUGCAACUCCCGCAAAUCUUGAAGCAAAGUCACCAAAUGUUGAAGCAGAAAAAGUUGAAAAGCCUGCAUUUGCUAAACAACUUGAAGUUGACUUCACCUGCUCUGAUGCUACACUUGCUGGCCUCUGGGAGGGAGAUGUGAAUGAAGAAGAGGCAGAGAGCGGUAAUGCUGUUGUGGAAGAUGGGGCUGCAGCAGCCAGCUCAAUGAGCAAGGCAGAUGGAGAUGAAUUCAUGUCACUAGACAUUACUGAGCAAGAACUUCAGAUCUUGGAAUGUCAGGCUGCAGGAGAAUUGGUCAGUGAAGCUGCACCUGAGGAGGCAUGCUCUACAGACAACGAACAGAAUAUUUCCUGUGUCAUUGAAAGUGAUGAAGAACUGGAAAUGGAGAUGCUUAAAUCUUUAAAAGAUGUAGACUAUUCUGAAGGAGCUUUAACUGAAAGAGAGUCCAAUAAAGCCAGGAAAACUCCUGACGCAGAACUGAACGUUGCACCAGAUGAUGAUGAAGAUGAAGGCAUUGAGGAGGAAGAGGAAUGUUUGGAUCCAUUGCUGCCAGUGCCUAGUGAAAGCCACAUCACAUGUCUGAAGACUUAUUUUGGGCAUUCUUCUUUUAAACCGGUCCAGUGGAAAGUGAUAAAUUCUCUUUUAGAAGACAGAAGAGAUAAUCUUGUUGUCAUGGCAACUGGCUAUGGAAAAAGCUUGUGCUACCAGUUUCCUCCUGUUUACACUGGAUCUACAGGAAUUGUCAUCUGUCCCCUUAUUUCCUUGAUGGAGGACCAGGUGCUGCAGCUGACAAUGUCAGAGAUUCCAGCUUGCUUGCUUGGUUCGGCUCAGUCAAAAAACAUCCAAGAAUGCAUCAAAGCGGGUCAGUACAGGGUCAUAUAUAUGACUCCAGAGUUUUGUUCGGGGAACUUAAAAUUACUUCAGGAUCUUGACCAAACUAUCGGUAUUACCCUCAUAGCUGUUGAUGAAGCUCACUGCAUUUCUGAGUGGGGCCAUGACUUCAGAAAUUCCUUUAGAAAUUUAAGCUCGUUAAAGAAAGCUCUACCAUCGGUUCCCAUUGUCGCUUUAACUGCGACUGCAAGUCCAUCGAUUAGAGAAGACAUAGUGAAUUGUCUGAACCUAAAGAAUCCCCAGGUCACGUGUACUAGUUUUGACAGACCUAACUUAUACUUAGAAGUUGGACAACAGAGUGGAAAUAUCAUUAGGGAUUUGAAGCAGUUCCUUAUUAGGAAGGGAAGCAGUUCUGCAUAUGAAUUUGAAGGCCCCACUAUAAUCUACUGCCUUUCAAGAAAGGCCACGGAACAGGUUGUGUCUGAAUUGAUUAAGCUCAGGGUGGCCUGUGGUGCAUACCAUGCUGGUAUGGGAAUCAAACAAAGGAGAGAGAUCCAUCACCAGUUCAUGAGGGAUGAAAUUCAGUGUGUUGUGGCUACAGUGGCGUUUGGAAUGGGCAUCAAUAAAGCAGAUAUCCGGAUGGUUAUUCAUUAUGGUGCCCCUAAGGAAAUGGAAUCCUAUUAUCAAGAAAUUGGGAGAGCUGGUCGUGAUGGGCUUCCUGCUUCUUGUCACAUCUUGUGGACUAUGACAGACCUGAAUUUUAGCAGACGUCUUCUGAAUGAGGUACGCAAUGAAAAGUUUCGGUUGUACAAACUGAAGAUGCUGGGAAAAAUGGAGAAGUACCUUGUGUCAAACGCCUGCAGGAGGAAACUCAUCCUGUCUCAUUUCGAAGACAAACAGCUCCGAAAGGUUUCCUCUGGCAUCAUGGGCACAGAUGAAUGCUGUGAUAAUUGCAGGUCCAGAGCCUCUUGCUGUGCAGUCCCCAGUGCCUCAGAAGGUGGUUUACAGGACUUUGGGAAGCCAGCACAUCAGCUGCUGUCAGCAGUGGUUGCACUGGAAGAGAAGUUUGGAACUAAAAUACCCAUUCUGUUUCUCCGAGGGUCGUUUUCUCAACGCUUGCCAGACAGAUACCGAAAACACCCUCUCUUUGGUAGUGGAAAAGACUGGCCGGAGAACUGGUGGAAGUUGCUCUGCCAACAGCUGAUAAUGGAAGGAUUCCUUAAAGAAGUAUCUGGGCACAGCAAGUUUACAACCACAUGUGUGCUUACCCAGAAGGGUAGAAAUUGGCUGGUAAAGCCUGGAUCUGCCUUAAAUCCAAGUCUUAUGUUACUGUCCAGUGAAGACUUUAAUCUGCAGAGACCUCCUAGAAGCAGUAGGCGUUUACCUAUGCUCUCAACGCAGCGCUCCCCAGGCAUGAAAGGAACAACGCAGUCGCCAGUCAAACAGAUGUCUCUGUACGAUAUGUUUUCAUCUGAGAGAAAAGUUAAAACUCCUCCAAGAAGCAAUAACAUGCUUAACAGUGUUGCAGAGCACUUCCCGGUGAAAUCUUCUCCUCUGAAGCCCCCAGAACCUGUUGUUUCCUCCCGAGAAAAAGAACUAGAGGCUGCUCUGUAUGGCAAGUUGCUGACUGCUAGACAGAAGGUAGCUAAUGAGAAGGUAAUUCCUCCAGCUGUCUUGGCAACCAACAAGAUCCUGGUGGAGAUGGCCCGAAUAAGGCCUACGAGUGUUCAGAAUGUGAAGAGAAUUGAUGGUGUAUCUGAAGCAAAAUCCACCAUGCUGAUACCUCUCCUGGCUGAAAUUAAGGACUUCUGCCAAGUAAAUGGUUUGCAGACCGACACAUUUCCUAUAUCUGGAUCUGAAGAUCAGAAGAAAGCAUCUCCCUGGAAGCAUACUAGAGCCCUCUCCCCCUCAGAGCAUGUCACAUAUAUCCUGUUCCAAGAGAAAAAUCUCUCUCUGAGGACUAUAAGUGAAAGCAGAUCUCUGCCUCUUUCUGAGGUUGGCACUCACCUGUUCCAGGCAAUGAAAGCUGGCUACCCUGUCAACCUGGAGCAAGCAGGUUUGACUCCUGAAGUUCAACAGAUCAUUUCUGAUGUUAUCUGUAACCCUCCUAUUGACUCAGACACCACCAAAAUUCAAGCAAUUAGAAAACUUGUUCCUGCAAAUAUUGAACUGUAUCUCAUCAGGAUGACUAUUGAAUUAUUGGAGAAGCAGCACAGAAUUAAGUCUCAGCAUGGCUCAGGCAUCAGAAGGAUGUUGGUGUGGUCAGAAGGGUGCCAGGAAAAACCAGCAGCAGAUCAAGCAAGCAGGGAAGAUGCCUUGUUGGAUAAAACAAAGGGUAAUUUGAUCAAUGCGACAUUGAAGGAAGGAGCUGAGAAAACCCAUCUGCAAGCAGUGCCUUUGGCUUCGCCUGCUUCCUCACUGUCCUAUGGGAAGGCUGCGCAGCACAUGGAUGACAGCCAGCCGGGUAGCAGCGGGGCAACAGGCAGCCCAAAGCCCAUCACUCUGGCCUCCAGUCAUCAGCCUGCCCUCAGUCCUGUUGAGGAGGAACUGUUUUCUGACUCUCAGCCAAAGAGCUCACAUCCGCCUUUUAAGAGGAAGGUACCGGCAUGGUUUGGAAGCUCAGCGGCAGAGGUUCCACCUGUCACCCAGACCAAGAAAGCCAGAGCGGACACCAGAAAAGGGAUUUUUAGUUGAAUAUAGAACUGAGUAUUAUUUCUUUACCUUACCUCCCUCUAUAAAGAGUGUUUUCGGUACAGAGCACUACUUCCCGCCUGUACCUUGCCUGUGCGCUUUACCUUUCCUUCCUGCUACUGCCUCCUCUCUUACCUUCCGCGUGAGAGGGACGUUUAUGCUUUUCACUGUGUGAAAUUUGUUGUUAUUAUAAAUAAAUAAAUAAACAA